AUGUUGCCCCUCGUUGAUGGGAGCAUUCAGAUGUGCAUUCGCAGCCUACCUUGUUCCAGUUUGUACGUUGACAAAUGCUUCAAGAAUAUUACAUUAACGGAGAAGCUUAUUGGAGCACUGGAAACAGUCAAUAUGGCUGACAAUGAUCAUCUACUACCCCUAUCCUCCGCCCUUGAGGCAAUCGCCACCGUUGCCAAAGAAAUCACCUUCACAACAGUCAAUCGCAUCCGAUUCAAACUGGUCGAAGCAGCAAAUGUACUACCAACACAACUAUCUGAUUCUUCAUUACAAAACGUCUUCCAGAUAGGGCGUACAUACACCAACAUUGGAGCCCAUCUUCUUGAGGGAAUGCGUUAUCAAUACGAAAAUCCCACUCCCUCGCUCAAACGUGUCCACCUGCCAGACCUCGACUAUGACACCGACAUUGAUGUGGAUCCUGUUGAUUCCAUCGACACACUGAUCAUGGAGCACGUGCAGAAAGCCCAACGAAUGUCU